AGGGGUUUAUACUUCGAAGAAAUAGAAACGAAGGGGCUUUCUCAAACCCUAGCAAUACAAUACGAGAUUCCAAUCAUGUCUUUCUGGGGAAUCGAAGUCAAACCUGGAAAGCCAUAUACGCAUUCAUCCCAAAAUGGUAGAACACGCCUGCGAAUCUCUCAGGCGACAUUGGCUAAUGGAUCUGCAACACUGAAGAGUUUGGUGCAAUGCAACGUAGGAGAUAAGCAACCUGUUCUUUUAUGUGCACUGCUGCCUACUAAGACYGAGUCAUUGCAWUUGGAUUUGGAAUUUGAGGAAGCYGAMGAUGUGGUAUUUUCUGUUAUUGGUCCACGAGGUGUAUACCUCACUGGAUACUAUGUUGGUCACAAUCGACAAUCAAAUAUACAAGAUGAAUCAGAAUCAUAUGGAGAGGAUAUUGCAAAUUCCGAGACACAAGAAUCAAAUCAUAAUAGUGAUGAGGAUGAAUAUGAGGACAGCUUUAUCAAUGAUGAUGAACCUGAACCUCUUACACCUUCGCCUGUUUCUAGUAGCAGAGAGGAUGAUGAUGGAGACUACCUGAAGAAGAAAGGAAAUGGUAAUGGCGGUCGUAAAAGGCUCAAAAAGAAGUAUAUGUCGAUUGAAUCGGAUGAUGAAACGAGUGUCCCAGAGAUUAAAGACGAAGAUGAUUUCCCAAUUUCAUCCAUAUGCAAGAACAAUAAGUCACAAGUAUCAGAAGAAAAAACUGACAAAGAAACAAAAGGCGAGUUAGACAGAGUGACAAAAAACAACGGUCAUAUGUUAAAGUUGGAUGGAGUGCAUUCCGGGGUUCUUGAUUCAAAGGAUAAGGUCAAUGUACAUUUAAUAGAUGACAAAGCAAAAGAAAAAGGGGAUCAAACCAAUAUGUCUGUGCCGUCUUUGGCCGAAGUGGUGCCAGAAGGCAGAUCAAAACCAAAAAAGAAAAAACAAGAGUCCACUAAAGAGGAAAGGGCAACUGGUCCCAGUUCUGUUGAUCACCCGUCUGUACAAGUUCCAUUAACUGAAGUGAAAACGAAGAAGAAAAAGAAAGAGAACACCAAGAAGGGGAUUGCUGAUAAAGCUGAUGAUGAAGGCCAUGCUGGUCCCCUCGAAGAUAAUAUGCAUCAAUCUAAGGUGGAAUCCAAUUCUAUAAACCAUGAUGUGUUGGCUGCUAAAGAUGAUAAAAAACCCAAUGAUAUCAGGGGUGUUGACCGCUCAUUUGAGGUUCUGGCUUCUGCUGAAGUUGUUCCUGAAAAGAAUUCAAAACUGAAGAAAAAAAGAAAAGGACGUAGUGAAGUAAGCACUGAUGGUACAGACGGCAACCUGCUUGCAGGAAAUAAACAGGAGGAUGAUCAACAAGCAAUUGAUAAGGGUUCUGGUAUUGAUUCCAAGCAGUUACCUAAUGGAAUUCAGUCAGAGGAGAAGAGAGUUAAAAAGAAAAGGAGAAAGACGAGUAAAACACAAGAGGUUGAGGAGAACAUAAAUAUGGAGGUUGAAAAAGAAAAUGAACCUUCUGCUACACAACCUGAAGGGAAGGAUAAGGAAUCCGAGUCCUGUAACAAAAAGAUACUAUCAAAUGGGCUUGUUAUUGAAGACCUCGUGACAGGAAAAUCUAAAGGAAAAGUGGCUGCUUUAGGGAGAAAGGUCAAAGUACAAUAUGUUGUCAAGUUGAAAGAGAACGGACAAGUGAUUGAUUCAAAUGGCAAGUCUCCCCAUAAAUUUCGACUAGGUGAUAAGGAAGUUAUGGUGGGGCUGAAUGUUGGUGUAGAUGGUAUGCGAGUUGGAGAUAAAAGAAGACUCAUCAUUCCACCGUCAAUGAGCUCCGGGUAUAAAGGAACCGGUGAGAAUGUACCCCCAAAUUCGUGGCUGGUAUAUGAUGUAGAAGUGACUAGCAUCCAUUGAUCGUUCUUUAUAUACUUACGUUGAAUGCAUAUAUAAGUUAAGAAGAAUACGAAAGAGUUUGUGAUGGAUGUGGAUCAAAAAAGUUUUGUUCGUUGUAUUGUUUCUGGGUCGAUCAAUUAUUAGUUCUUUGUAAAAAUGAGUUGAGAAACAUCCGUACGGGAGUUUUUGUUACGGUUUGCAGUAAUUCUGGACUUAAAUGGUAAUGAAAUGAA